AUGUUGGUAACGAAGAAAGUGGUUGAGAUUAAUUCUCCGAUGGAUGAAAUUAAUCUACUCCGCCAAGCCCAGCGGCACCAUUUGGUGAUGAGGGAGAUUGGAGAAGAGAUUGAUUUGGAGAUUGGGCAUGGCGAUGAUGAUGGUUCAUUUGCUGGCCCCCUCAUGGCCGUAUCUUCACAGGAACCAAAUCCUGAUGAAGACCCGGAAGAUCACAAACAGCUGCUUCUAGUCUCUCAAGCUUCUAAUGACGAGCACCAGGAUAUCUCUAAGCUGUCACAGAUGAAAAGGAAGAAGAAGGUGGUGAAGAAGUGGAGAGAGGAAUGGGCAGACACUUACAAAUGGGCUUAUGUAGACGUCAAUGAGGGUACCACAAGGAUCUUCUGUUCUGUGUGCAAGGAGUAUGGUAGGAAGCACAGGAGAAAUCCAUACGGAAAUGAGGGCAGUAGGAAUAUGCAAAUGAGUGCGCUUGAAGAACAUAAUAACAGCUUGCUUCACAAGGAGGCUCUUCGGCUCCAGAUGGCCUCUAAAGACAAGAGUCCCGUUAUUGCUGAGAGACCUGUCUUUGUAAAAGGUCCGUGCUACAUCUUAUUUAUAUGGAUUAUCUUGAUCAACUUCAAGAUCACUUUAUUUAUGGUAAAUUAUUUUCUGAUUUUUUUUUCUUGUUGUGGGUUUUUUGAAAGCUCUCAUGUCAAAAACUGCUGGUUCCGUUGUUGGAGCGCUCCUCAGAAGGGAUCCUAAUGAACUCGAGUUUAUUCAAUCAGUACAGGAGGUUGUUCAUUCUCUAGAACCUGUCCUAAUCAAGAGCUCUCAGUAAGUUUCAUUUAGAAGGAUCAGACAUAUCUUUUUUCUUUCUUUCUUUUUUUCUAAUGCUGGAUAUUUCUGUGGAGUAAGUUUGGUUUCGAUUGAUGAUGUGGUAUCGUUGUGUCAGCUGUGUGUUGUGUCAGUAAGUUUCCUUUAGAAGGAUCAAACAUAUCUUUUUUUUCUUUUCUUUUUUUUCUAAUGUUGGAUAUUGUUGUGUCAGCUACGCCCACAUUUUGGAGCAUAUGUUGGAACCUGAAAGGAUGAUCCUCUUCAGAGUGCCAUGGAUUGAUGACAAGGGAGAAACACAUGUGAACAGGGGAUUCCGCGUGCAAUUCAGCCAAGUGUUGGGUCCCUGCAGGGGAGGUCUUCGUUUCUAUCCAGGCAUGAACCUGAGCAUUGCCAAGUUUCUAGGCUUCGAGCAGGUAAAAUAUUUUCGUUAUGGAACUGAUAAUUUGUACUACUUUUAAUCUAAUUUCGUGGGGCCUAUCCCAUUUUUGAAGUUGACCACAAUGAUAUUUGUGUUAAUAGGUGAAUCAUCUAUAUCUGCGUUAAGUUUUCUGCUUGGCUAGGUAGAUGAGAUGUUGUUACAUCUCCAUCAAGAACAUUGUUGUGACUUUAUAGCUCCUAUUGCCUAUCAUGCGAUCUAUUACAAGCCGCUGCUAGGUUAUCUCUCUCUGAUUUUACUACGUAGAGAGAGAGAGAGAGAGAGAGAGAGAGAGAGAGAGAGAGAGAGAGAGUAACACAUGAGAAGAAAAAACACUAACCUUGGUCAGACCCCGUAAAAGCCAACUUUUGACUUAGAUAUUAACUAAUAUGAGUCAUCAAUAUUUGAUUUCGAAGAUGGAGUCUGAAGCAAACGCAGUUCAAGUGAAAUAAAUUACUGUCUUGAACCUUUGAAACCGAAAAUGCAGACCAAGUAUUUUAAUGCUUUCUGAUGCUAGGAAUCGCGGUUAAAGACUGCAGAAGACAUUGUUAACGAUGCCACUGACCGUUUGAAGAGAUGAUUACUGUCUGACAUAACAUAUGAUGGCUAAAUUAUGCACAUCAAUACAGAACCUACAUAGCAUAAGACGGAAAGUUGUGGCAACCAUUGUUUUAACAAUUUUUUUUUGGUUCUUUCACUGGAAAAUCAGGUCAAGAAGCAAAAUGAAUUUUGAGGUUCUUUGGCUUUUCAACAACUAACCCAUUGUAUUGUUCACUUUUGGGAAUGAGCUCACCUGAACUUAGACCCACAAGAAGGAAGGAGACAUAUCACGAAUUUUAUUUAAAUCUCCCAAAAAUAUAAGUACAUAACAUCCAAGUACUGGAGUGGCUCCUAAGAUUUUCCCUUAUUAUCCAUCUAUUUAUUUAGCAUGUUUUAUUGCUCGGCCAGUUUUCUAUUUCCCUUUGGGGUAUUGCCCUUCAGAUUUCUACGUGUGCUGCCCUUUGACUAAUUGGAGAAAUGCAUAAUUUGUGAGUGCUAACUUUGAAAAUGACAUGCGGGGGAAUUCUUAUUCUAUAUAUACAUUCCUCAGACGUUAAAGAAUGCUUUAUCACCAUACAAGCUUGGAGGUGCUGGAGGGGGAAGUGAUUUUGAUCCAAAAGGAAAAAGUGAUAAUGAGGUAUCACCUUUUGUCUCCAUUUUCUUUUUGUGGGGGAAUACCACCCUGUCUGUAUAAGAAGGUAUAUUUCAACAAUUCAACUUGCUGGUGGCAGAUCAUGCGUUUUUGCCAGAGUUUUAUGGAUGAACUAUAUCGGCAUUUGGGUCCAAAUCAGGUAAAAAUGAAAAAAACAGUCAUUCUGUACUUCUUUGUGAAUAUGUGUAGAAUUGACCUAGCUCAAUGUGGCACUGAAAUCUACAGUGCUUCUAUCACUUAUCAUGCCCAUUGUAGGAUCUUCCAGCUGAGGAUAUGGGUGUGGGGCCAAGAGAAAUGGGCUACCUCUUUGGACAGUAUAGGAGGCUUGUUGGUCAUUUCCAGGUACUUGUCAUGUAUUCAGGGAAAUUUCACUGCCAGAGUAAUUACUAUAAAUUAUACUUGAAAUCCCUUAUUUUCGUAAGUUACUUUUACUGACAAGCUGAAGAGAGAUGCUUUUAGAUGUAUUCCUAAGAAGAAACAAAUCCUGCCUUCAAUGCAUCCUGAUUUUUAAGUUUGAUGACCGUAUUUCAUUAUCUUAUUAUUAGAGAGCUCUAGGUUCUAUCUGAGGACGACGGACACUCUACUUCUAUUUUUAACAUGGUGUAACUUAAUAAAAAUCAUACUUAUUCAUUUUCCUGUGGUUUCGUUUAGAACCUAAAUGAUAAAAUAAUUUACACGAGAGAAUCUCAGGGUGCCAAGAAACAACAAAUUGAUAAUAAAAUAUAUAUUAUUAAUGGCAACGUAGAAGUAAACUUGGAUGUUCUCAGUAUAUUCUUCAUACAUUUAAUUUUGUUUGAAAUUGAAACUAUGAUACUGAAUGCUUUCUCUUCUCGUCUAGCGAUUCCAGUCAUAUGGAUGCAUCAAAAUAGUUGUUCCGUUAAAUAAACUAGGAUUUAUUUUUAAAGACAUUUGUUUACAGCCCUGAUCCUUUUUUUUUGAGGUUUGGUUUCUAUGGCCACAUUAUCCAUGGGAUGCAGCUUUUUCACAGGGGGAUUUUGCUUCACGUGACAUUUUGCAUAUUAAGCUGACUGGUACUAGUUUCAGUAGUGGACUUGGCGUUUAACAUUUCCACAAUGAAGGAUCUGUCAGUUUACAUAAGUCAGGGCUUAAUCAGAGCAGUGGGUACCGAAUUUCAACCAAUGUUGUUUGACCUUACUCAUAUUCUUAACUGUCAAACUCUCAGUCCAAUGCCAGGUCAGAGAACUGCCCUCGUCGCACAUUGGUUAUAUGAGUGUCCUUCUGAACAGUACACUAUAUAAACACACGAUGCAGCCUGUGGGAAUGCCACAAUUCUUACCCAAGCUAGUUUGUCAGAAAAAUGGAAAAUGAACAUGCUAGUUAGUCAGCACUUAUGGUGAAUAGUGACUCAAGUCUUAUGAUUUGCGCCUAAUAUCUCUUUCAUUGAUAGUUUGGUUAAAAGAAACUUCAGUGUUUUUAUUGUGCUUCUCAAAUAUACUCUUCCUGUGCAUUUAAGUCAUAGAAAAUAUUUUGAUCUCUCUUGUUUAGAUUUCAUCGAUAUCCUUAUGCAGGGAAGUUUUACAGGACCGAAGGUAUUCUGGUCAGGUUCAAGUCUUCGAACUGAGGCCACUGGCUAUGGAUUGGUAACUUUUCUUUCAGACUAACCGCACUGUUUAGGUACUCUUUAUGUGUGUGUGUGUGUGCGCGCGCGCGUCCGUGCAUACCUAUUCUAGGUUUGUCAUUUAUAGGGUGUUUCGUAUGUCUACUAUCCUGUUCAACUUUGUGACACUUGUCUUUCGAUUUUUAUUUUUUAUUUUUCAGGUCUUCUUUGCACGUCUUAUUCUUGCUGAUAUGAAUAAAGAAAUUAAAGGACUAAGGUUUGUUACUUUGCCUCAUAUUAUUUACCAAAGUGAUAAGGAAGUAUUGAGGUUUAUUGUUUUACCUAAGGAUGAAAGAAAUAUCUAAUAGUCUAAAAGCAUCCUGAGACAAAGCAGAAUUUUCUCAAAAAAGAACAAAUAAUGUGUUGGAAUCAGAUUAAGUCACUGAUUCUUUCAGUCCCAAUCACAGUAUGUAUAUUAUUAUAUUAAGCGGAUAGAACUAACUAGUUGAUCUCGAGUCAUUCUUUUUCUUCUUCCUGUUCUUAUUCCUAUCCAUUUAUUCCUUAUACUGGGAGCCUACCAUAGUUAGAUCAUUCGACAUUUUACCGCUCUGGUUCAAUCCACCGGUAAUCAUUUGCUUUUUCGUUUUUGGCUGAAGCAUCAGAUUUUUGUAAAACUAUUCAAAACCAAUCUCAGCCUAUUUAGAAGAACCAGCGAAAUCUUCUAUUUCAAUUGCUUAAAAUGAACUUAGCUACCCGAAAAUCGUGCUAUUGAUCGCCAGAAGGCAGAAGGCAGUAAGGAUUUAAUAUGGUGCUGUCUGAAAAUGAGAAGGAUAUGCUAGAUAUUCGUAAAACUUGAAAACUUUAACAAGGAUGGAUGUUCCAUGAUGUAAAACAAUUUGGGUUAAAUUUGAAAGCAACCAGGAUAUUUGUUGCUUCUAAACUAAAUUUUACAUAUAUGGGGGGGUUAACUUCAGCGCUUUAAUAUGGAUAUUAUUAUUAGAGACCAGUACCUUGCAAUUGUGCUAGUUCAUACUAACAACAUUGUUUAAUGAGCGUGGUCAACGUCCUUAUCUUCAGGUGUGCAGUUAGUGGUUCUGGCAAAAUUGCUAUGCACGUCAUAGAAAAGCUUCUUUCUGUUGGGGCUAUUCCCAUCACAAUAUCAGGUAAUUUUUUUGCUUUGACAUACAAAAUCACUGUACUGAAGGGAAAAACUUGCUAUGCGAACGCAAGGAGAUAAGUAAAUGUUGAAAUAAUAAAAUUUAUAAUUUUGGGAAAAAUGUGCACAGUUCUUACCAGUAUUCUGUAUGUUUUUCUUCGGAAAAGAUAUCUCCACUUAUGCUACCUAAAGAAGAGUUAUUAUAAAAGCGUCUGUACAUUUUCUGAGCUAUUCUUUGCUUAGGUAACUUGUAUGAUGCGUCAUUCCUUCGCUUGUUUUUCCUGCAUUAGAUACUGAGUGCAUGUCACAAUGGAAAGUCGAUGUGCUUAAGUAUCUGGACGAUGAAGUCUUCUAAAAAUUCGGUUGAUUUUUUGCAGCUAAAAGUCAUGACACUGUUUAUUUAAUAAAAUCUCUAUGAGAUACUUGAAAUUUUCUUUGGGCUUCUCUUCCUGGUGUUACGUAUGAAUGCAUAACUUCUAAUAAACAUCUGUUAUCUAUCAGAUUCAAGGGGCUGCUUGAUAGAUGAAGAAGGUUUUGAUUAUGCAAAAUUUUCAGUUCUAAGAGAUAUUAGGGUUCAACAUAGAAGCCUGAGGUUUGUGCACAUCUCUCUUGUUUUUUUUAACUGCCAGUUGAUCUAUAGACAUAUAACCAUGAAAGAUUGGGUUCAUUUUCGCGUCUUUCAGAGAUUAUUUGAAGUCUUAUGCUCGAGCUAAGUAUGUGGAGGCUGCGAAGCCUUGGAAUGAGCAAUGCGAUAUUGCAUUUCCAUGCUCUAUGCAAAAUGAAAUCGAUCAAGCUGAUGCUAUUGGGCUGGUUAAUUCGGGUUGUCGUAUACUGGUGGAAGGUAGGAAUAUUUCCAUAAUCUCAGGCUUUUCAUCUUCUUAUUUUUUCUAUAUUAUAGAAUUUAUACUCCUCCCAGGUUCGAAUAUGCCUUGUACUCCCCAGGCAGUUGACGUUUUAAGGAAAGGGAAGGUUCUGAUAGCUCCAGCUAAGGUUGCAGGCAUCGGAGGGGUACAACGUUUCCUUAAAUUUGCAAUAAUAGAGUUAUGACUUGUCUUUUUAGUGUUUUAUAUGCUUUCUGUUUGAGGUAGCUGGUCCCAUAUCUACUGCGGUUCAGAAAAAUGCCAUCAAUUUGGGAAAAGUUUUAACUAUAAAUGUAAUAGCUUAAAAAUCUAUGAGAGCUUUAAGAAAUCUGUGUCAUGUUGAAAAUGAAAAUGGUGAUAACUAAUAACAUCAAAUGUGGUGAUUUUUAAGCUAUGUUCAAAUGAAAAGCGUGAUAAUUAAUGACCGACUGCCAUGCUAAAUUUGAACAUGGAAGAAAAUAAAUCACUUUGAAAAACUAAUUCUUGAUAAAUUUUAUUUAAUUGACACUUAAAAGAAAUGAUGUAAGAAUGUUGUUCAUUGGUUUUUUUGUCUUUUGACAUGCUCUUCUUUUUCAGUCAUGUGUCACUCUUGUUUACCGUUGGUUUUCACCACUCUGAAUACGAUCAGCAGGUUGGAGUUGGAGAGGUAGAUCUCAAUCAGGAGCAUGGCAUAUUACACUGGUCAUCUGAAGAUUUUGAAAAUAAGUUACAGGUGCUUAAUCUUCCCUUCUAUGGUGCUUCGUCUUAGGCAAAUCCCAAUCUCCAUAUGGAUCUUAAAUACUUGUGCUUGACUUGCUAUUGAUGGCCAGAGAUUGCAUCAACUGAAAUGCGGGACUGAUUGAUUGAUUGAUUGAUUUAUUUAUUUAUUUCCUGUUUUAUAUUGCGCAUGGAAACUCGGCAUUUCUAGUCUCCAGAAGUUAAUCUAGAUCCCUUUUUUCUGUGUUCAUCCGACAGGAAAUAAUGAAGCAAACAUAUGAGAAGUGCCUUAAGACAGCGAACGAUUAUGGUUUUUCUAAAGAUAAUCCUGAGUAAGCUUUAUUUCUUGAGAAUUUUUUUUUUCACGUUGUUCUUGUAAAUUGAGUGAUAUCAUAGACCAGAAUCCUUCAACCAUGCCUUUUGGGUACUUCUGACUCUGAUUAUACACCCAAUGUCCAAGAGGGAAAUACCGUGAUUUAUCAGUUUUCAUCUCCAUAUUAAAAUGGACAGAUUUCCUUAUUUGGAGCACCAGAUCUAGAUCAUUAGAACAAAAAAAAUACUUAUUUGUGCAUGAAACCUUCAAAGCCAAUCAUCAAUGGGUGGAAGAACUGGCUUUCUAUUGACAAUUAUUCACUCACUUAGACUGUGUGUUCAUGAAACAUUCGAAGCCAAUCAUCAAUGAGUGAAAUGAGCCCAUCGAUACAAUUUCGUGGUUUUCUUUUUUCUUUCAGAAAUGGGCCGAAAGCAAUCAUAAACUCUGUUACCAUGCUCAAGGAUUGGAUUAUUUAACUCAGAAUAAAUUGGUAAUGAGUAGAAUGAGUAGAUCAGACUCUAUUGGUUCUCUCCAAUGUGGAUCGAUUCUUACUUAGUAGCCAUCAAGAUGCUAGUUCUUGGGGUAUGGAGCAGUAUCUUUGAAUUCUUCAUUAUUACCUGAGGAUGAUUAAAAUUUGCCUUUAAUAUCGAUAAAUUCCAGAUUGAGAUUUAUUACAAUCGUUCUUUGGUGUGGAGUAGUGCCUUUAAAUUCUGGAUUACCACCCGAAGAUGGCUAAAUUGUGUUUUUUUAUCAUAAAUAAAUUCCAUAAUGGAAUUAUUAUGCAUGAGUAUGAACACAAUUAAUCUAAUAAUUGUUCUUGGGUAUGGCGCAGUGCCUUAAAAUUCUGGAUUACCUACCACCUGAUUAUGGAUCAAAGUUCUACCCUUUUUAGCAAUAAAUGCCAUAUUAGAGCAUAUCACACAAAGCCUUUUUGGUAAAAUCAAUUGGUACUGAUCCUCAGCCUAUGGUUUCGAGAUGAAUGGCAUGAUUAAACUAAAUAAAUGAUCUCGAUUCGUUUGAUUAAGGUUUGGUAUUUGCUGCAGGGCCUUGGUUCAUGGAGGGAAUAUAUAUGCCUUCCUGAAUCUUGCUCAGACCAUGAGUGAUCAAGGAUGCGUUUAG